AAACAUGUUUGAAGUUGGGAAGCCACAUCCUGAGAGCUACGAUAGACUCUGGGGACAUAAAAAGUUGCUUGUUCAGACAAAUGCGCAAUCUAAGUUGCAUCUCCACAUUAAGGCUGACAUUUGCUCCGUUCAAAAGCAGCCAUGGCGAUGAUCCAACAACAGGUGAUUACCAACCAGCCCAGUGUGGUCACCACGGGUGUGGUGACCACGGCUUUCGAGCCGGGGAGGGAGAUGUGGUCAUCCAGCUUGUUCAGCUGCUGUGACGACAUGGAGAUAUGCUGCCUUGGAUUUUGGUGCCCGUUCAUCCUGCCCUAUAAGGUCAGCGCGGACCACGGCGAGGGUGUGUGUCUCCCCAUACUGGAGUGUUGGAGCGGCGUAGUGCCAGCCGUGUCCCUGGGCCUCCGGGUCUCCGUGAGAGAGCGCUACCGCAUAAAGGGCUCCAUUUGUGACGACUGCUGUAUCGUCACGUUCUGCGGCUUAUGCUCAUACUGUCAGCUGGCACGGGAACUCAAGGAACGCCGGUGCCGUCACACACAGGUCAUCUCCUCCACCACCGUGCAGGUCACAUCGAAUCCUCCGGCAUAUUACCCUGUCCAAGGCUACGGUCCCCCACAAUAA